UCCCUCAUACAGCAGUUUAAAAAAUAGUAGACCUCACAAGUAUUCAAAAAUAGAUUGCAAUUGUAACAAGGUUACAAAAGUAACUAAUGCUUGUACUAACUUACAUAUCUGCAAGGCUCUUGAUAUCUUCACUGACUGUGGUUGCAUGGACUGCGCCUGCAAACAAGGCAGUAGGGAUGUGCGAUUUUCAACCAACACAAACAGUGUUUCCCUAAAUCCUACCAUCCGGGCGAGGCAGCGGCUGUGCUCCGGGAUUGUUUCCUUCUCAUUGGUGCUCGAGAAGUGUCUGUGAAUUUGUUUGCAGAUUCCAUGAGGGUGCUCGUCAGCAGUUGUCGGAAUAGCUGUUGACCUUGACAGCCGUGAUGUGGUCGCAGGCCGCCUCCGUCAUCUGCUCGGCUUGCCGCGCUCGCCUGGGCUCUAGCAGUGGCCUGCUGAGCAGGUACUGGGUGCGCGAGUCACAGCGCAAUGCGUCCACCCGGUCUACAAAACCGGCAAACUUGUCCACACCGCCGUCACCACCAACAACCAGUCCAGCUCCGCAGUCUGCAGCGCGUGCACAGGCCGAAGCGAUGAGGCAAUCAUUCAAUGAGCCCGCUGUUCUGUUCAAGUUACGUAGGGACCGCUUCAAGUUCUACUACCUGGGUUUGCUAAUAGGCCUCAUCCCUAUCCCACUUUAUUAUCAGGAAAGGAUGCUAAUGGAGGGAAAGGUCAGGGUGAAGGCGCGAGAAGAGGCCAGAGCUAGAGUUCUAAAGGAGCCGCUGCCAGAAGCUCAUGAGCACGCCUAUGCAAAGUAUGACGAUUUAAUUCUCAAUGCCUUUCUAGGCCUCGGUGUGCUAGCAACAACACUCGUCGUAGCAUUAUCCUUUAGAAUUGUGACCAAGUGGAAGUAUGACUUCAAAGCUAAGACACACUACAUCACAACAUUCUCUCCCAUCUUUCGCCAGCGCUCGUUUUCUGUACCUGACAACGAUGUUCUCCGACUGGCAGAUUUCAAAAAUCGUGCCAGGAUCAAGUUACGGCGGCGCCCAAUGGCGUUCAUGCUCGAUCUGUCUGGUGGCAGUAAGCCUAACGUACAGCUCUACAACAUUGUACUGGGCUCUGGUCACGGAAGCAGCUGAAUCCGGCUAGUAUGCCACACUCGUCCCGAUUUGUCUUCAGGUCUAUCAUUAUUAUGCUACUCGUGUGACUGAUUUCAUUAUGAAGAGAGUCUAUAUACACCCCUAUAACAGUAUAAGCAAAGCAAACUUGUGCCACAAUACGUGCACACAUGGCACAGGCGACGCUGGUAGACACAACACACACAAACCAUGCACACGGGUAGAUUACGUGCAUUAUCUCUGGCACUGAAGGUGGUUUAUGCCUUUGCAUCACUCACUACUCUGUCCACAGUGGUUUAUGAAGCUUGUUCGAAUAGUAUUUUACUGUGCGUUUUAUAUUGAUUGGCAAAGUGGUGCAUGUGAUGCCAUUCAAAAACCUUGCCUACAUGAGUGUAGCAUUACGAUACAAGGCCCAUGGUUAAGGAACGACCAAAGAGGGUGUAUAGUCAUGUA